UUUUAGACACAAAACAGUAGAGACACAGACGAGACAAGACUUAGAGAAAGAGCUUAUUUUUGUAUAAGAAGUUAUUUUAUAUAUAUUAUUUAUUUCUGAUUGCUAUUUGUUUCAAGAUGAAGUGUAUACAAAUGGUCAUGGCAAUUCUCCUCGCAGCAAAGUCAGCGAUGGCUGCUUGUCCAAUAAGUUAUAAGGAUGGUGAGUACGAAGGAAAGUGCUUCAGAAGAAUCGACUGCCUGAAAUGUAAGACUUCAUACCAGGGCGCUAGAGAAGUGUGUGCGCAAGACGGCGGCCAGAUUGUUACCGUACAAACCGAAGAGAAAUACAACUAUUUGGUGCGGAAAGAUUCACAUAGAGCCUUCUGGAUCGGACUGGACGAUAUUCAGACUGAAGGGUCUUUUGUAUGGAAUGAUGACUCUGAAUUGGGGUCGUUGGCACCGUGGGAUGCCUCCGUGAAAAACACAGACGACCUGAACUGUGUAGCGAUGGGGAGGGAAACCCAGUUCAGAUGGGUGCACACGGACUGUAACUUCAAACUUCGGUAUCUUUGUGAAAUAGAUGCCAUCCCGGACUUGCCUGUUCCUGGUGGGAAUGGCGCCCUCCAACCAGUGAUAGAUCGUCAGCCACCGGCAGAAUUGAUCAGAAAGUCAUUGACAAAAGCUACGUGUCCAACAGGUUAUAAGGAUGGUGAGUACGAAGGAAAGUGCUACAAGAGAGUCGACUGCCUGACCUGUAAGACCUCAUACCAGGAGGCCAGAGAAGUGUGUGCGCAAGACGGCGGUCAGAUUGUUACCGUACAAACCGAAGAGAAAUACAACUUUUUGGUGCGGAAAGAUUCACACAGGGCCUUCUGGAUCGGACUGGACGAUAUUCAGACUGAAGGGUCUUUUGUAUGGAAUGAUGGCUCGGCAUUGGGGUCGCUAGCACCAUGGGAUGCCUCCGUGGAAAACACAGACGGCCUGGACUGUGUAGUGAUGGGGAGGGAAACCGAGUUCAGAUGGGUGCACACGGACUGUAACUUCAAACUUCGAUACCUUUGUGAAAUAGAUGCCAUUCCUGACAAGCCUGUGUCUGGUGGGGGCGGUGUCCUUGAACCAGUGACAAAAGCAACGACAAGUCCUCAGCCUUCAGCAUACACCACGCCAACCCCUUCCAAAACAAACACCAACGGUCACACAACGCCCCAAACGGCAUCUACUGGCUCUGCAGGCAGUGCUCAGACGUCCAGCGGGGGUCAGAAUCCUCCGGGUUCCGUUUGUCCGACAAACUACCACGAUGGGCAUUUUGACAACUACUGCUUCAAGAGGAUCGACUGUCAUGGGUGCAGAACGGGGUACGAGAACGCCAGGGCCGACUGUGCGAACGACGGAGGCCGACUGGUACAAGACAUCACACAAGAGAAGUACGACUAUCUGGUGAAGGAGGACAUGCUGUUGAUCUACUGGAUUGGACUGACCGAUGUGGCACGCGAGGGGACGUUCGUGUGGGAAUACGGGGCUCCGCUGGGCAGCUUCCACCCGUGGGACCCGUCUACACCAAACACUGAAGAGGCCGACUGUGUCGCCAUAGUGCGGGACAACAACUUCUCCUGGGCACGACUCGACUGCGCCACUGGUCUCAGAUAUCUUUGUGAAAAGCAAGCAAUACCUGCAUCUGAGCAAACACCGACCACACCAUCCGGCAACGUUAUACCAGCUGUGAACGAAUGUGUCGCCAAAACUUCGCCAUGCGACGCCAACGCAGUGUGUACCGACCUCAGCGAUGGCUUCACAUGCAGCUGCAACUCCGGUUACCAAGGCGACGGCUUCACCUGCUCUGAUGUUAACGAGUGUAGUACAGGAACGCCUCCUUGCGACGCCAACGCAGACUGCACCAACACCGUCGGCUCAUUGACGUGCAGAUGCAGACCCGGUUACCAAGGCGACGGAUUCACGUGCUCUGAUGUUGACGAGUGCGGUGCAGGAACGCCUCCUUGCGACGUCAACGCCGACUGCACCAACACAGACGGAUCCUACAACUGCAGAUGCAGACCCGGUUACCAAGGCAACGGAUUCACAUGCUCGGAUGUUGACGAAUGCGGCGAUGAAACGCCUCCUUGCGACGCCAACGCAGACUGCACCAACACCGUCGGCACAUUCAUGUGCAGAUGCAGACCCGGUUACCAAGGCGACGGAUUCACAUGCUCCGAUGUUGACGAGUGUAGCGCAGGAACGCCUCCUUGCGAUGCCAACGCAGACUGCACCAACACCGUCGGCUCAUUCACGUGCAGAUGCAGACCCGGUUACCAAGGCAACGGCUUGACCUGCUACGAUGUUGACGAAUGUAGUGCAGGAACGCCUCCUUGCGGUGCCAACGCAGACUGCACCAACACUGAUGGCUCCUACACCUGCAGAUGUAGACCCGGUUACCAUGGCAACGGGUUCGUCUGCUCCGAUGUUGACGAGUGCAGUGCAGGAACAGCUCAAUGCGACACUCAGGCGACCUGUACCAACACCGACGGCUCUUACACGUGCAGAUGUAACGCCGGUUACCAGGGCGACGGAAGAGCGUGCUUUGAUGUGAACGAGUGCAGCACAGGCACGGCGCAAUGCGAUGCCAACGCUCAAUGCACCAACACCGAGGGCUCCUACACCUGCAGAUGCAACAGCGGUUACCAAGGUGACGGCCUGACCUGCGCCGAUGUGAACGAGUGCAGUACAGGAACGCCUCCUUGCGGUGCCAACGCUGACUGCACCAACACAGACGGCGCAUUUACGUGCAAAUGCAGACCCGGUUACCAAGGCGACGGGAUAACAUGCACCCCUAGUUCAGAUGGCUGUACUUUAGCAAACACUCCAUGCCACGCAGAUGCCGACUGUCAACACAGUGGCGGGUCCUUCACGUGUCAAUGCCGAGAAGGGUACGAAGGAAAUGGCCACACCUGCAGCGACGUGAACGAGUGCUCGGCUUCGACGCCGCCAUGCGGCCUCAAUGCAAUCUGCACCAACACAGACGGAUCCUUCACCUGCGAGUGCCAACAUGGUUACCAUGGCGACGGUUUCCAGUGUACAGACAUCAACGAAUGCUCGACCACGUCCCCCUGCGACCAGAAUGCUUACUGCAGGAACACGGAAGGAUCGUACGUCUGCACCUGCCGUGACGGUUACCAAGGCGACGGACGGACAUGCACCGACGUCGACGAGUGUGCUGUGUCACCUUGCGGCCAGAACGCGCGUUGCAGAAACACCGCUGGGUCCUUUACAUGCAGUUGCCACAACGGUUACCAAGGCGACGGCAUCACUUGCAAUGACGUAAACGAGUGCGCCACGUUGGCUCCUUGCGACGCCAACGCAGACUGCACCAACACGAUCGGCUCCUUCCAAUGCUCCUGUCGGGAAGGCUAUCAGGGCGACGGACGGACAUGCACUGACGUGAACGAGUGUGAGGCGUCCCCUUGCGGCACCAAUGCACGUUGCAGAAACACAGCUGGGUCUUUCGUCUGCAGAUGCAACAACGGUUACCAAGGCGACGGCAUCACAUGCAGCGACAUAGACGAAUGCGCCACAUUGGCUCCUUGCGACGCGAACGCCGCCUGCACCAACACGAUCGGAUCAUUCCAGUGCUCGUGCCGCAAUGGCUACCGAGGCGACGGCAGAACCUGCACGGACAUCAACGAAUGCAUCGCUUCACCUUGCGGCGCCAACGCACAUUGCACCAACACCCCUGGGUCUUUCAACUGUAGAUGUGCAACAGGCUAUCAAGGUGACGAUCGUACCUGUAGGGACAUAGAUGAAUGCGCCACGUCCACCCCUUGCGAUUCCAAUGCAGACUGCACCAACACUGUCGGCUCCUUCCAGUGUUCAUGUCGAGAUGGCUACACAGGAGAUGGAACCAGCUGUACAGCUGAUGGAUCUGCUGAUGCCCAAGACGGAAGCGGUUCCGGGUCAGGGAGUCCUACUUCCGGUUCGGAUGGAACCAAGUCGUCCACAGGUCUGGGUACAGUUGGGCUCAUAGCGCUCCUGGCAUCUCUUGGAGCUCUCCUCUUGGUGUUCAUGUGUGCCCUGCUACUGUGGGGGGCCAAGAAACGACACAGGAAAACUCCCAAGAAAUAUUACGUCCAGGAGCCCAUCCCAAGGGAUAUGCGCCUCAAGGAUGCAGACACGAUGUACAACCCAGGAAUGCCGAAGGGCACACCACCACAAACAAGGAAGUCAGCCCAUAGUUCCCGCGCUGGUAGCCUGGACAAUCUGGCUGUCUAAACACCUUGUAACAGCUACAUGUAGUUUAUAUGGCUGACACUCACAAAGCUCCUUAACGGAAACAGCAUUGCCAAGACUUUGCAUAUAAAAAUGAUUUGCUUGUUAUGUUGCAUUAAAUACAAAGGCAGCUUAUACUCAAACGUACCAGCCAAUGUAAGCCACUAGUCUUCCUUUGAAAAUACAAUGCUAGUCAUUUGAUCUUUGCUGGGUUCAUGUCAUGCAUAUGUUUGCAAUUUGGCUGAAAGCACUUCUUAGACAAGAUGUUUUGUCUUAUGUGAAAAAUGAUUUUGUGUCGCACUUUAAUCUUUCGGAUGCAUUGAGCAGUGUACAUUUAAUAUUUUGAAAGUAUCAAGUUAAUGGAUACUGCCUGCUGUAGAAUUGCGCAUUGCAAAUGAAAUAUGAAUUUGACUCUUGCUGUGUUCUCUACAGCAUCAGCACUAUGAAUUAUAAACCUAUCAAUAUUAUAUCCUUUGCUAGAAUUGCUUUGCUACCAGCCCAUAUAUGGAUACCAUAUCAUGAUGAUUUGGCUAGAUAUCAUGAUCAUAAAAUGCUAUAUCUAAUGUUCCAUUAAAAUAAGUAGGCCUACAAAGAAUUACUCGAUCAUAUACACAGUUGCGUUGAAUAUCCCUAGAUAAUAACUGAAUCAUUGAUAAUAUUGUCAUCUUAUAAGAUUGCUGGCGGAUAGGUAUAUCAGAAAAAUCCGCAUGAAGGAUCCACGAUAAUAUACAAAAAUGUUGCAUUUAGAAAAAUCGAUGAAUUGCUUGAUCAUAUAGCGUUGUAUUAGCUAUGCCUUUGUUGGAUAUUAUAAAGCAUGGUAUUGUCAUUAGAUAAUCAACAUGAUGGCUUGUAUUGGAUAAAGCUGGUCUUACAAAUGA